GGAGAGAGAAAGAUAGAGAAAGAGAGAGAAAGAGAGAGAGAGAGAGAUAAAAAGAAAAAAUAGAAGGAAAUAAUCCAUUGGCUAUUACGAUAUGCAAGCCUCGUAUCGAGGCUAGUGCAGUUUAGUCUGUGUUUUCUUAGUCCUCUCGAUCUACACCGAACGUGUGCGAGAGGAAGAGAAAAAGGGAGGGAGAGAGAGAGAAAGAAAAAGAGAGAAAGAGAGAACAGCGACGACCUCGAUCCAGUACACCCCCACAGCCACCUCUUUCACAUCCCCCCCCGUGGUUCCACUCGACUUCUAUUUCUCUCUCUCCUGCUUGCUCGCGCGCGUGCUCCCACCAGGCACUCUCCUCCUCGUCGCUCCAGCGUGCGCGGCGCUCGACCCUCGGAAAUUCUGAAAGCGGUUCGCGCCUGUGCAACGCGGGGGUGGCGGGGACCGAAAAUCGAGGCGAAAGGAAACUCGGUGGAUCCGGUCUAAGGGUUUCUCCUCUCUCCUAGGGCUCCUACGUGCCGUCGUCGUAGUCAUCGUCACCGUCACCAUCGCCGUCAUUGUCGCUGUCAUCGUCAUUGGCGUCAUCGUUGUUGUUCUCGUCAUCGUCGUCCUCGUUCUCGAAAUUUGCGACCGCGUGCGUGCGUGCGUGGCUGCGUGCGCGCGUCCUCCCUUUUUCUUUCGUCGUCCUACUUCCUCUCCUCGCUACGAUAAAAGUGGAUAUCUCGCUUCACAGUAGGAUUACCGAUGCGUUUGGAUCUAAGGAGGAGGAUCUAAGCUGGUGAUCGUCCCCUAUUGUUUUUUUUUUAUUUUUCCUUUCUCUCGAAGAGAAGAGAGAAGCAAAGAAAAGAGGAAAAGAGUACAGGGGCGACGCCGACGAUACGAGUUACCGUCGCUGUUACAUUAUCAUCCCGAAGAGGUGACACGGUUUACUUCGAGAGUGUUCCCCAACGAAAAGUCUCUUCCCUAUCUUGUAUUACAACACGAAAGGGAGAUAGAAAGGGAGGGAAUAGAAAGAGAGGAAGAAAAUUAAACGGGGAAAAAGAGAAAUAGAAUAAGAGAAAGGAAGGGAGAAACGACGUAAGAAGGAAAAAGAAAUUUUACGAUAGAAGUAAGUCGAGUGGUGUAGUACGUUUUCGGGGUACGUGCGCUAGCCGUGGCCGCGAGUGCAGCGGUGUGACGUGACAGUGUACCUGAAGCAGUGAUCGAGGAAGGUCGUGCGUCCUACGUCUCUUUAAGAGUUUCCUUGAGAGGAUAACUACGUCUAGGAUACGCGAGAAGACCAUCGCGAACCAAUCUUCGUCGUGCUAGAACCGAAAAUCGGGUUCGUUAGUUCGUUCGUGUGUAUCGUAUGAAAACAAAAGAGAACAGGAUCGUCGACGAUCCUGGACAACGGCGAUGAUCGUCAUGCGUUCUCGAUCGCAGCCCUCGGUCGAGGGUUGAAGCACCGAACUCGAGCGAAAACAAGAUCUCGGGAUUGCGAUUUUCUCUUUGCUAUCGCGCGCGCGCGCGCCCACAACGGUGUGUUGGUCGUCGUGGGAAUUAAAAAGCGAGUUCGACGAUAAAUUUAUCUUUUCACGACGACGAGCUGGUCCCCCUCAGGAGGACCGACCGUGUACCACGUCAUCGAGCUCAAAGAGGACUCGGAACCUCGCAAGAAUGCGGGACCGGCUAUCGUGGUACAUGGUCUUCUUGAUCCUGCCGACAAUCCUCCUGGCCAGGUCGCUCGACAAAGGUCUAUUUCUUUCAGAUCGGCGUAUACCUUACAACAUACCAUCAGACUGGAGAGCAUUGUGGCUGAGCAAUUUAGAUGAACUACAAAGAAUCAACGAUGCAAACGACAACAACACCGUUUCGAACGUCACAGUACAAUUGGGUGGCACGGCUUUCUUGCACUGCAAAGUUCGCAAUUUGGCAGACAGAACCGUCUCGGAUGCCGAGAUCUCGUGGAUCCGUCGUCGUGACUUCCAUGUUCUAACGAGUUCAACGUUCACGUACACGAACGACGAGCGGUUUCAAGUAUUACACGCUGAAGGUUCGGACGAUUGGACUCUUCAAAUCAAAUACGUCCAAGAAAGAGACAAUGGGACCUACGAGUGUCAGGUCUCGAGGAGUACAGGAAUACUGUCACAUUUCGUCAAUCUAAACAUAGUGAUACCAGAGGCAUUUAUAUUAGGAAGCGAUGAGCAUCACGUCGACGUAGGGUCUAUCAUAAAUCUCGUAUGCAUAAUAGAAAAGAGCCCUACGCCGCCGCAAUACGUAUUCUGGUAUCACAAUAACCGGAUGAUAAACUACGACACCUCGCGGGGCAGCGUCACCGUACAAACCGAUCCAGGACCAACCCAGAGUCGACUGACGAUACGCCAGGCCGUAGAAUCGGACACCGGCAAUUACACGUGUAACGCGUCCAAUACCAAGCCUGCAUCCAUCUUUGUCUUCGUUACAGAGGGUGACAAAAUGGCGGCGAUCCAGCGUCGCAAAACGUCGGCCGCAAGGAAGAUCUUAAACGAAAUGCUGCUGACGGCCAUGCUCGCGGCCAGUCUCGUUCUGGCACGAUAAACGAUUUCUUUUCGAAAUGUCCAUAAUUAUUUAAAUCCAUACGACUACUUCCAUUCGCGAUAGGUAGGUUACAGCAGUCCGCGUUUUUAACGAGUAUUCAUGUCCUUUCUUCUUCCAUUCAUACCUUUUACCAUAACAAGUUUUCUUCUUUCUUCUCCAAUUUAUUCCAUUCCUUGAUUUUUUUCUUUUCUUUCUUUUCUCUUUCUCAUUUUCUCUCUCUUUCUUUCUCUGUCUGCCCUCUCUAUCUGUCUUUCUGUCUUUCUCUCUUUCUCCCUCUCUCCUUCUACAAUCUUUAUUUUUUCUUUCACAUUUUAUUCCACCUCGUCGAGAUCGCCGUCGGUCGGGUCUAAUCGGAUAUGCGAGAUUUUCGUGGAAGAUUAUUCGAUUGCCUGCCAGGAGUCAUUACGUGCGAGACCGGCACGCGACUCGAAUUAUGUAAAUAAAAUACGCGUUGGUAAUCGUAAUCGUUGCACCACGACAGCCCAAUUGCGAGCUUUGGAGACACGUCGAGAGGAAACGUCGUCCGAACAAAAUUCAAGCGACGUGGAAUCGUAUCGUUUUGUGCGAAACAUUUCGUUAACCCUCUAACUAUCAAAGGAUCUUUAUCACGAAAGAACUCGCAAGGGAAAUACGCCAACUCAAUGAUUUCGAUGUUAACGAAACCUAUAUGAAGAAGAAUGGAAAGGGGACAGCGCAAUAAUUUGAUUGUUUCUUAAUAUAUAUUUAUUGUUACUGACUAUCAGAUCGAUAUAUUAAAAUCGUGAGAAAAUAUUAUUUUUAACAGUCCUGAAAAUGUUUUACAAUCAAAAUCGAAAAUAUCUCUUCUCGAGGGUACAAUCGUUAAAUUAUCAUCUUGUCGUAAAAAAGUUUCAAACGAGUCGUCCGCUGACGAUAAGUCAACUUCCGAAAUGAUAUUACCCGCUGUCGAGUAUUAGCAUAAGUUAUCGGUUCUCUUUGUCAUCGCUAGAUGGCAAUGUUCUUCAUAUCCUGUCCAUAUAUAAGAAUAGUGAUGACGGGAAAAUUCGAACGGUCUAGCCAGAUAAAGGAAAUAAUUUAUUAAAAAUUACGAAAAAAAAAAAGAAAUGACAAAAGGAAAAAGGAAGAGAAAGAAAGAAGAGAGUACUAUUAAAAAUAUUCGCGGCAAUCAAAAGAGUAUCGUUGUAAAUUCUUAGAGCUGAAUAGCCUCUUUACGAAGUUACGCGUUUCAUAAAGAUCGAAAUAUUCGAGUUGGCGAAAUAAAUGUUAAAGCUACGCGUUGAUGUUUAAUGUAUCUCAGAGACUAUCUCUCAUACAUAAAUCUUAAAAGGAUGUAAAUGAUCGUUAUUAUUUCUCGUCGAUAUCUAGGAUAACGUGUAAAAGUUUUCUAGUUUAUAAAAUAUUUUACGCGUUCAAAGUCUGUUUCGGGUCCAUACGAUUAAUAAUAUAUUUAAACGAUCGUUGUUAUAUCUUAUCGAAAUCGAGAACCGUCGUAAGAACGUGCUCGAAUUAUGUAAAAUAAUGUGCUUGUGAAACGGUGUUCGCGGCGACACGCAAAUUCUAGUGGUAGUUACAGGGUUAAAUAAAAAGA